AACAGUCACUGGUGUCUGUACCCAAGAGACACACACAGAGAAGAGAGAGAGGCGGUGAUGGCUUAGAGUGCACCCCCUCUUUUUUUUGUGUACAAUGCAGAUUGAUCAAGACAAGGUUAAAAAGGCGUUUAAAGCUUUGUAUAAACAUGAAAGUGGAAAUGAACAAGAAGAAAUUGUUUGGUUAAUGAUUUCAACAUUUGAAAAUAACAAUUCAGUGAAAAGAAAUCCUGCAAGAAUUUUAUUAAAACAUGGCUGUCAUGUACCAGGUGUACGUCGAUGUUUAUUUGUGAGGGCUUCUCAACAGUCCUAUAAAGACAUGAUUAAAGAAAAGAAGAUUAGAGGGAUCCAUAAAGUGAUUGACCUAAAACACUUGAAAAAACAAUACCCAACCCUUGAAGCACAACAAAAACUGAUGGAUGAAUUUGACAUGUUUUUAGCUGACAAUUACACCAUUCAUAGAUUACAUAAAGUAUUUUGCAAAGAAGUAUACAAAAAGAGAAGAGAACCUAUGCCGAUCAAUUUAAAAGCAGAGGAUCUACAAAAGGAAGUCUUAUUAGCAGUUAAAUCGACCUUUAUGAACUUUAUGACCGGAUCAUGCUAUGCUGUCAGGAUAGCAACCACCGGUCAGACUGAUACAAUUGCCUAUGAAAAUUUCAUGUCUGCUUAUAAAAAGAUAGCUGUGGCCACUCCAGGAGGUGAAGAAGCGAUUAGAUCGCUACAGAUCAAAACUGCCAAUUCAACGAGUUUACCUAUUUAUGAAGCUUCGUUAGAAUAAAAAUGGGAACGUUAAAUUGCCACUGCAAUUAAGAAGUCA